AUGCCCCCCAAACGGCCGCAGGCUCUAGAGAAGCUUCAUGUUGAACCUCACGACAAGGGGGUAUCCAUUACGGAUACCAUGACGCUAGUGGUGAAAGGUGAGGGCGGAGUCGAAAUGCGCGUGAAGCAAACGGGUAUAGCUCAGGGACCUGGGUCAUCGUCAGCUGGUGGCCAACCAAAAUCAGAUGCUGUCAUGAACAAGAUCAAAUUUGAGGAUUUACGUAUCGGCUCAGAGCUGGGCAAAGGCUCGCAAGGAAAAGUUCGCGUUGCACAGCACAAAUUGACGGGCGAAAAGUACGCGAUGAAGUACAUUGCUUUCGAUGGAGACUCAGAUGACAUGCGUUCUGCCUUGGAAGCGGAGCUUCGUCAGGUGGCUGCGGUGAAGCACCACAAUGUUGUUUCCUCCUAUGAGGCGUUUUUCCGAGAUGGACGGCUGUACAUUGUCCUUGAGUACAUGGACUGCGGAACCAUGAAUAAUCUUAUCGACAGACAUCCGGAGGGUUUUAGCGAGGAUAUGCUUGCCUACAUUGCACGCGAGCUGUUCAAGGGUCUCGAGUUUCUGCAUCAUCUAAACAUGAUUCACCGUGAUAUCAAGCCUGCUAACGUCCUGGCGAACACAAAAGGGGAAAUCAAAAUAUCGGAUUUUGGCGUCGCAAAAACACUUUCCGGUGGUGAUCUUCAAACUCUUUCUGCGCAAGGCUCGGUGCCGUACAUGAGCCCAGAGAGAAUACAGUCGAAGCCGUACUCGUUCAACAGUGACAUCUGGAGCGCAGGACUGACAAUUGCGGAAUGUGCAUUUCGAGAGUACCCAUUCGCCUCGUUGAAGCCAAAACUAUUUGAGCUGUGCCAGGCAAUAGCUUCUGGGACAGCGAAGAUCAACUGGGAUGAUCGGGAAACCAAAUUUAGCGACGAGUUCAAGGAAUUUAUUGAGCUUUGUCUACGCCCGGAGGCCACACGCCCGAGCGCAACAGAAAUGCUGAGCCACUCACUUAUUCAAAAAGCGAGUAAUGUGAACCCCCUCGAAGCUGGCAGGUGGAUGUCCCGAAAGAAGUGA